AUGAGUUAUCUGUGGUGCGCACCGGAGCUGUUACGUGAGAGUGAGCUGAAGCAUUCCGUUAAAGGCACUCAGAAAGGAGAUGUCUAUGCUUUUGGCAUAAUUCUACACGAGAUUUUCACUCGACAAGGGCCAUUCCAAAUUUUCGCUAAAAGCGAUGCUCAAGUGCCAGAAAUUGUUGCACGAGUAGCCGGUGGCACCUGCAGUCGACCGAAUCUCUCUUGUAUAGAAGGUCAGGAUUACGUAACGGAGACCAUGCGCCAGUGUUGGUCGGAAUAUCCGGAAAAUCGUCCAGAUUUCAAGAGUGGAAUCCGGCAGAGGUUGAAACCGAUGUUUGCUGGAAUCUAUAAAAGAAACAUCAUGGACCAUAUGAUGGUAAUGAUGGAAAAGUAUCAAAAUCAGUUAGAAGAUCUGGUCGAUGAGCGAACUGCGGAAUUACGCGAAGAACAGAAACGAAGCCAGCAUCUGCUGCAGAGAAUGUUACCAAGGUGCUAGAG